CAUCCACGGCCCACGGAGCUUUACAUUUUAUGUCGAGAAUAAUCGAGAUUUUAUUUUGCUUUUUUAAAAUAGUUCUUAGCUGAGAGAAAAGUUUCAGUAAAAAUGAACUGUAGCGCCCUGUGAUUUGUGUACCGAUUUGUAAAAAAAUCCUUAGAAUAUGGCACAAGCAAAAGUUUUCCAUCUGUCCGCAAAGUUUGUGCUGUCCAGGCAUCUGUUCUCCGAAUCGAAAUGUUUACAAUUCAGAAAUAAAUCUACGAAAAUCAAGACUGCUAGCUCCGUUUACAGAACUAUGAAUAUUUUUGAUAGGAAAGCUAAGAUCUUGCAAAGAGAGAGGUCAGCUCAACGAGAUGAUUACCACUUAGUUGAAUACAUUAAAGAGGAGGUCGGGUGGAGAACUGCCGAUAGAGUAUUUGAUAUUAAAAGGACGUUUAAGAAUGCAGUUGAAUUAGGUGCUUGUAGAGGCUAUGUUUCUCGUCAUUUCCUUCCUGACAGCGUAGAAAAGGUCACCUUAUGUGAUAGUUCACAAACCCAUCUAGAUAAGGCAAUAGUCGGUGAUGGAGUGAAGGUCGACAGAAUUAUCAUGGAUGAGGAAAAUAUAGAUUUUCCAGAUGAUUCGGUGGAUCUCCUUGUAUCCUCACUGGCACUGCACUGGGUCAACAACCUGCCUGGAUGUUUCGACAAGAUCAUGAGGUGUUUGCAACCGGACGGGGUUUUUAUGGCGACAGUUUUCGGUGGCGACACGUUAAUGGAAUUGAGACAGGCCCUUCAGUUGGCCGAGUUGGAAAGAAUGGGUGGAGUUUUCUCCCAUGUGUCCCCCUUCACUAGGAUCAGGGAUAUAGGGGGAUUACUUACUGCGAGCGGAUUCACGUUACAAACAGUCGAUAUAGACACUCUUACCAUAUGGUACCCAACCGCGUGGGAGGUAAUGAGGGACGUGCGCGCACUAGGCGAAGGUAACGCGGCAUUUAACCGCCCGUUGCGGUUAAACAAACAAGUGCAGUUCGCCACGGCGGCUAUAUACGACGAGAUGUAUGGAAAGGAAGUACCAGACAGGAAGUCUCGGGGAGUUCCAGCCACCUUUCAGAUAAUCAACUUUCUUGGUUGGAAACCGGAUCCCACGCAACCCAAGCCAAUGGAGAGGGGUACUGGAGAAAUGUCACUGAAAGACCUUCACAGGAUCGACGAGAUCAUAAAAGAUACGAAAAAAGUUGAAUUACGCGACGAAGACAUGAAAUGAAAAUCGAUUCAUAAGAAAAUCACAAUAAAGUCACAAAAUAAAAAGUCACAGAAGGUCGGCUCAGCAACAAUUAAAGAAAGACCAUUUACACAUUGAUGUAUCCCAAUAAUACUCGGAAGAA